GUUCUUUUAAUAUGAAUUUUAUAUAUUCUUAAAUUAACAACUAUUUAUUUAACCAAUUUUUCUCAAAAAAUAUGUCUGUCAUUUUUACUACUGGGAAGAAGGCUUCAGAAAUUGUAGGUAGUACAAGCUCUCCUUUACCAAAAGCACGAAGGGCUCAUGCUCGUCUUGGAAAGAAUAUGUCAAUGGGAUAUGAACCAUCAGAAAAUGUUAUAGUAUGGAAUGUAGAUUUGGGCUCGGAUCAUUUCAAUUUGGCAUACUGUACGGACACGCAUACAUUUUGGCAUAACGAUGAACAAAUACAACUUAACAAAACAUCUAAAGAAGAUUUACAAGAAUAUACUUUUACAAUAAUGAAUCAUAAAGGUGUAUUAUUUAUCUUGACAAACAUAAACCAAAAUAUACCAACAUAUAAACUUUGUAUUGAUGGUAAUGAAAUUCCAUGUUUACGAAAUGAAUUAUCAAUUUCAGAGAAAAAAUAAAUAAUAAAUUAAUCGUAGUUGUAAUUUUUAUGUUGUUUAUUAAUUAUAUCUGAUAGUUAAUGGAAAUAUAACUGUAUACCAAAUAAAA